AUGAAGUUCGGUAAACAAAUUCAGCGUCAGCAGCUGGACCUACCGGAAUAUGCAGCAAGCUUCCUCAACUACAAAGCUCUCAAGAAACUCAUCAAGCAACUAAGCGCGACGCCGACUCUCCCCGCGCAAGGUGUGCCAUCACCGGAAGAUGCGCAAUCAGCAUUGCGCGCAAAUCGACAGGUCUUCUUCUUCAGCUUGGAACGGGAGAUCUCGAAGGUAAACACUUUCUACUUGCAAAAGGAGGCAGAAUUCUCUCUCCGGCUCAAAACGCUCCUCGACAAGAAGCGGGUAAUACAGGCUCGUGCGUCAGUCAAUUCUCGUGUUUCGGCAAGCUUCGCCACGCUGGUAGAAGGGUUUCAGCAGUUCGACAAUGACCUCAACAAGCUCCAACAUUUCGUCGAAGUCAAUGAAACAGCAAUCUCGAAGAUUUUGAAGAAAUGGGACAAAACGUCAAAGUCGAGGACCAAGGAGCUAUAUUUGCAACGCGCUGUCGAGAUACAGCCUUGUUUCAAUCGAGAUUUCCUUCGUGAUCUUUCGGACCGAGCUACAACCUCAAGACAAGAUCUAGAAGCUUGGGCCGAAGGUGAGAAUUUGCACUAUGAUGGUGGAAGAACAUCAGAUCGAACUAUUGGUCAAAGAGUUGGAACAGAAGACAGCGAUGUCGACCUUCAAAUCCUUCAAGCAGCAGCUGCUGCCAAUACCAAUGCGCUUCGAGAGUGGGUGUCGCGGCUCGGUAGUUCUGAAGGUGCAAAAGAACGAUUCACAAGGAUAUUUCUCAGUUCAAUCAGCGAAGCACCGAAAGAGUCAAUCGAUGCUCUGGUCCAAUCCAACCUGGUCGACUUGCAUGCCGAAGACGAUAUGAACGAGCGUAACUGCCUGCACGAGGCUACAAUCUACGGCAACGAGUAUGUUCUGGAUCUCGCUUUGGGUCAGAACGUGGAUGUCACACGUCUUGACGUCUAUGGCAGAGCCCCACUUCACUACGCAUGCCUGAGAGGUCGCCUUGGCAUGGUGGAGAAAUUGAUACAGGCCGGUCCGAGUAUGAUAGAUCUGAGAGACCACGAUAAUUUCACACCACUUAUUCACAGCAUUGUUAGGAACAAGAUCGACUGUGUCCAACUACUAUUGUCUCAAAAUGCUGCCAUCAACCCUGCGGGAGAAAAUGACCACAUCCCCCUCAAUCUUGCCUGCCAGCACGGACUGACCGAAAUUGUACGAUUGCUGCUCGAGAUGAAUGCACAGCUACUUCCAGAUGCCGAAGGUCUCUAUCCACAGCAUCUAGUAGCCAGGUCCAGCAAAGACCCACAGCUAUUGCUUUUACUGAACCAGCAUGGCGCCGAUCUGAAUCAAAGAGACAAGCUAUAUUCCUGGACACCAUUGUUUCACGCUGCAAGCGAAGGCCAGGUCAAGUGCUUACAGCUACUCCUCGAGAACGGUGCAGAUGCUGGAGCGCUCGAUGAAAAGGGUCUAAGUGCUACCUAUUAUGCUACGUGGGAAGGACAUCUAGAGUGCAUGGAUCUACUAUGGGACAAAGUAGUGCUGCCACGACAACAAGCACGAUUUUCAACACCGAGCUCGCAAGUGCUGCCGCCUAGCGCGAUGGAAGUAUCUCCAGCCCCAGUUGAUGCGGAUGGUAUCCCGGAUCUUUACCUACCACCACCAAUUAUCCCUCUUCGCAGAUACGGACACAAUUAUCUCGACACUAAGACGCUGGUAUCUUUGAACUUUGACCGGGGUGCUCAGGCUAUUCGAUUCUUCAAUGAAGGUCGAUACCCUGCAGCUCGAAUUACCAUUUCUUCAAAAAUGUCGGAUCUCAUACCUCGAAAUAUCAUGCUUCCAAUACAGGAGGAUUCACGGGUUGUAUCGUUUCAGAUCGAUAGUCUUGACAGCUUCGCGGUCGACUUCGAGAUCUUCCCUACCUUUGGCUCCAAAGUUAUAGCAAAAUCUGUGGCACUGUCAGAUGUGUUCAAAGCGGUUGAUAGCAGCUCUGGUAUAUGUACUCUGCCACUGUUUGAUCCAAGGUUGCGAGCCAUCGGCCAGAUACAGUUCAGCUUCCAAGUCGUCAAAGCCUAUAGUGGUAUACCACUAGAGAUCACGUUAUUUGCGACAUACUGGAAAGCUACGAGUGCUAGUGACGACAGUGGAGCUCUCAUUACAGGUUCAAGCUUGUCUGGUGACUACCUCAGACUUUGUGUACAAAUGACAAGAGACGGAUUCCCGAUUGUGGCUUCAUCCUAUCUAAAAACACAUCACGGCCUUGAUGUGUCCAUCAGUCAACGACGACUUGAGGAGUUGUCUACACUCGGAGCCAUUGAUUUCAGUACGACUCCUGCCCCAUCGGAGGCCGAAGCGAACGACAUCCAGUAUUGGCGUCUCAGACUUGAGCGGUCAAUUGCAACGCUCAAAGAUGUGCUUGCGACAAUACCUACCAAUAUCAACCUCAACCUGCAUGUACUCUACCCCACACCUAUCGAGGAACAGGCAAUAUGUAAUUACCAAACCAUUGACAUUAAUACUUUCGCAGACCGAGUCCUAUCCGAAGUGUUCGACCACGCUCGAAGCCUUCGUGCUAAGAAUCCAGAUGUGACGCGGUCGAUUGUCUUCUCUUCAUGGAAUCCAGUAAUAUGUACAGCCAUCAACUGGAAACAACCAAACUACCCAGUCCUGUUAUGCAACGAUCUUGGUGGCAGCAAAUAUCACAACGAAGUCAUGCACACAACUUCUACCAGCGUUCCUCCGAUUGUGCCAAGCUCUUCCAUCAAGGAGAGCGCGAGACUGGCACAAAGCAACAACUUCAUGGGCAUGAUGUGUACCAGCCGUAUCCUACAGCGAGUGCCUGCCUUGAUGGAGACGAUCAAGCAAGCUGGUCUUGUGGUUGUCUCGGAUGUGUCUGAUCAAAACGUAGAUACAAGACAGAGUAGUAUGAGUAGCGCUGGCUGGACGCCUAUGCCUGAGGGUGUCAAUGGGGUGAUGAAGAUGAAUGGCAUCUUGAGGUUCAAUGAGAGCAUUGAUAUGUGA